UCCCCACUCUGACUCACUUACCUGAAUGGCGCGCGGCGAGAGGUUGUGCCAACUCGUGUUUUGUUCGUUCCGUGUCGUGUUUCUCGCGUCCUCGAGUACUUUGCAAUAAUACUUUUCCUUUGAGACAUGAAUGAAGUUAGUGCUACGUAAAUAAGCAAACCUCAACAACUAUUGCACCAGAACCCUGCCCAAAAAAUGUGUUAUCAAUAACGUGUGAUUUUGUACUUUGUGUAGUGUUUGAAAAAAGUUAAGUAAACAACCGGAUAUCAACAAGAUGGGUUCAAAAAUCGAGUACGUGGAUUCAUCACAUUUAUACGCGACCAACUAUGUCCGCAAUUCGAAAGCUAUCGGUGUGCUUUGGGCUAUAUUCACCAUCUGCUACGCGAUUAUAAGCGUUGUGGCUUUUGUGACCCCCGAGUGGAUUGGUGAUUUAGAGACUGAGUACCCGAGAAAGUUCGGGUUGUGGCAGAUAUGCAGAGCGGACGAGGCUCUGGAGGACUGUAAAGGAAGACUUGAUGAUUUCCUAUCAAUAAAUGGGCUCGUGUUCAAAAUUGCGACUGUGUUAGUGGGCAUAGCGGUCGCGCUGGCCCUGUUUACGAUCUGUGCUAUGUUGUUGUUCUUCUUUUGUCAAUCGACCACGGUGUUUCAUAUCUGUGGUUGGCUGCAGCUGUUAUCUGCGUUGAGUAUGGUGGCAGGAGUUGCAGUCUACCCGGCUGGGUGGAGCGAGACGGCUGUGCAGGAGACAUGCGGGCCCACUGCAGAUCAGUAUAACAUAGGUCGGUGCCACAUACGCUGGGCAUACUUACUGGCAGUGAUCGGCUGCCUCGACGGCAUCGUGCUCUCAGCUCUCGCCUUCAUCCUGGCGACGCGUCACGUGCGACUGCAGCCUGACAGCGGGUACCCGCCUCCUUCGCUUUAUAAAGGUGAAGUGAACAACGGUUACGUGACCGACGCGACAUCUGUCUCCGGGUCGCGGAAAUCUCUUGCACUACAACCAGUACUAAUUAUGCACCCACACGCCACAAUGGACAUGGAUACGUACUCACAUUAUUCUGGAAGAACUGCAAGAUCAAAACACGGCAUCUACGCCAACACUAUGCAUAAUUAUCAACUUUAAUCAACUCAUUUUGCCAACCCGAGCACUUUGGAUUUGAUACUUACUAAGAAGUACCGCUACUCGCCACUAGAUGGCAGUGCUUUAAAUUAUUUCUGAAAUACAAAUAGAUAAGUUUGUAAUUGUAAGAUAAUUGUGUAGAAGUGUAAAUAUUUUUGAUGGUUUUGUACUUAAAUAUAUUUUUUAUAGAUUUUGUAUUAUAUUUAAGUUUCCCGUCCGUUUAUAAGAAAGAUUCCUGCCUAAAUUAAAUAAAAGUGUGUAGUUUAAGUAGAUGCCCUGUUGUGCCUCAAAAUAUCAACGACUCGACAACGACUUAUGAUAAAAUGUGCCUUGUAGAAAGCGUAAUGUACUGUUGUUAUUAAUUUGAUAAUUAUAUAAGUUUAGAUAAA